GUGGCGCCGGAGCCGCGCAGGCGGCCUUUCUCCUCCUUGUGGCGCCGAAAUCAAACCCGCCCUGGAGGCCACGAUGUCCAAGAAAAAAGGACUGAGCUUUGAGGAGAAGAGAGCUCGCAUGAUGGAGAUCUUUUUUGAGACAAAAGAUGUAUUCCAGUUGAAGGAUAUAGAGAAGAUUGCUUCAAAAGACAAAGGGAUUACUUCCAUGUCGGUCAAAGAGGUUCUGCAAAGCUUAGUUGAUGACGGCAUGGUGGACACUGACAGAAUCGGAACUUCCAAUUACUUCUGGGCUUUCCCAAGUAAAGCUCUGCAUGCCAGGAAGCGUAAAUUAGAAGAAUUACAGACUCAGUUUGCAGAAACCAAUCAGAAGAAAGAGAUUUUACAAAAAGGCAUUGAAAAAUCAAAAAUUGGACGUGAAAAUACUGCAGAACGUGAAGCUCUGGUGAAGGAACUUGCCGCCCUCCGGCAGGAAAAAGAACAGCUAAGGGCAGAAAUAGAAAAAUACAGGGAAUGUGAUCCAGACGUUGUUGAAGAAAUGCGCCAAACAAGCAAAGUAGCCAAGGAGGCAGCCAACAGAUGGACUGAUAACAUCUUUGCAAUAAAGUCCUGGGCCAAGCGUAAAUUUGGAUUUGAAGAGAGCAGAAUUGACAAAAGUUUUGGAAUUCCAGAAGAUUUUGAUUACAUUGAUUAGUUGUUCAGCAGUUGAUGUCUGCCGCAGUUGUACAAUGUUUGUCACUUAAUUGCCAGCUGAGCAAUAUUCACGUGUCUGAAUUUGUGUGUCUUCACCAAAUGACCACCCUGUAAUUUACAGUUUUUGUUAGAGUUAAUAAAAUUUGAGAAAUGUUCA